AUGAACGUUUUCUUGGUUUUAGCAUUUACGCCAAUGCGAAACAUAACUUGUGCACAAUGCCAGAUGCAAGAGCGGCCCGAGCUGGACGUGGAUCUGAUCAAAUGGCGAAUUAGUCGACUGCAAUGCCUGGAGCGACCCGAAUUGUUCUUCACUGCCUGCCCUUCUGGUGAAUACCGCGGAUGCGGUAAAACUAUCAUGUACACGAAUGAGCCACAAUUCGUUGGCACCAUGAGAUCUUAA